GAAGAAGCUGGCAAGCAGGCUUCAGGAGGCUGAGGAGGCCGUGGAGGCCACCCAGGCAAAAUGUUCCUCACUGGAGAAAACCAAACAGAGGCUGCAGGGAGAGGUGGAAGAGCUCUGUAUGGACCUGGAGAAGGCCAGCAGCUGUGGGCAGGCUCUGGAUAAGAAGCAGAGGGUCCUGGAAAAGCAGCUUGGGGACUGGAAAGAGAAGAGUGAGGAGCUGGUGACCGAGGUGGAGGGCUGCCAGAAGGAGAGCAGACAACACGCCAGCGAGCUCUUCAAACUCAAGACGGCUCAUGAAGAGACUCUGGAGCAGCUAGAGGCUCUGCGCAGGGAGAACAAGGCCUACCAGGAGGAGGUAGCAGACCUGACAGAGCAGCUGUCCGAUGGAGGCAAGAGCGUGCAUGAGCUCCAGAAAGCAAAAAAGAAAAUUGAGAUGGAGAAAGAAGAGCUCCAGGCCUCGCUGGAGGAAUCUGAGGCCGCACUGGAGGCUGAGGAGACCAAAGUGCUGAGGCUGCAGCUCGAGUUGUCUCAGGCGAAAGCAGACCUGGAGCGCCGACUACAGGAGAAGGAGGAAGAGGCGGAGGCUGCGAG